AUGAUGCACAGAGAAUCCUGCGCGUGUGGGACCGACAGUUUGGAACUGUUUAAAGUUCCCCCGACAAACAUCACUUUAGAAGACUCUAAAUGGAUGGAAUAUUAUCCGAUUUCUAGUACGUUAAAUUCGGAUACGGCUCCCAUUGAAUUCGAAAUCAAAGGUCAAGGAGAUGAAUAUCUGCAUUUAUCUCAAUCGUAUCUCCAGAUGGUCUGUAAAUUCACCAAAGCAGACGAGACGGCUCUCACGGGAGCGGGUUCUACUUCUACCCCGGUCAAUAACAUCUUACAUUCCUUAUUCAGUGAAAUCGAUGUGAGUCUCAAUGGUAAAGUAAUUACCCCAGGAACGGAUACUUAUCCCUACAAAGCCUACUUGGAGAAAUUACUGUCUUAUGCCCCCAAAACUCUGAAAACUCAGAUGAGAGCCUGUACCUUGUGGGAAAAAGAUACCGCCGGUCAAAUGGAGGAUCGAGAGUAUUCUGGUCUGGUUCAACCUCCAAAGGAAUUUAACGUAGUUGGUGAUAAAGUCACCAUCAAUGCAAUGCUACCCACCCCAAUAUAUCCCGACGAUUCUCAGAAUGUGGGGUUGAGAAAACGUCACCACAAAAUAAAUAACAGUAAGGAAAUUGUCUUGAUGGAUCGUUUACAUCUGGAUUUGUUUCAGCAAGAAAAAUGUCUGCCGAACGGAGUAGACGUACGUCUCCGAUUCAAUCGUGCCAGACCCCAAUUCUACAUGAUGACCGAUGUCGGUAGUAGUGGGGAAAGUAGUCAUUCAAAAGUGGAAGUGAAAACGUUCACGAUCCCCACCGGGACCCAAUCGAAAAUCACCGAUCACCUAUUCCAAGGACAGAUGCCCAAACUCAUCCUCUUGGGGUUUGUGGAAAACGUCGCCUUUAAUGGCGAUGAUGCUAAAAAUCCGUUUAAUUUCCAAAAUCAGAAAAUCAAAAAAUUAGAAGUCAGUAUCAAUGGAGACAUGAUGGAAACUCGUCCCCUGGAACCUAAUUUCACGGCCGAUCAGUAUCUGAGAUCGUAUUUAAGUCUGUACAAAGGAUUGGGAAAAUUAGGACAAGAUUGGGCUCCCGACAUUACUCUGGAAGAGUAUAAAAACGGUUACACCCUAUGGUGUAUGGAUUUCACCAAAGAUCAAGAAGCUCAGACGGAUAAAUUUCAUCUCAUACAGACGGGGAACCUGAGAGUAGAAGUUCAAUUUGCCGACAGCAUAGCGACGACCUUAAACUGCGUGGUGUAUGCCGUCUUUGACAAUUUGCUAGAAAUCAACAAACAACGAGAAGUCAGCAUCGAUUACUGA